AUGAAGUUGGCGUCCCUGGACCAGCACCGGGGCUACGCCCAAGAUCACUAUACCGAGGUUAAGCAGGACCACGACACCGAGUACCUCAAGGAGUCCGAGGCUUCCGCCUAUCAGGUCCUUCGUGAGCCAUUGUGGAACAAAGGCCUUUCAUUUACUCCCGAACAACGUGUUGCCAAGAAUCUCACUGGCCUCCUACCCCACGCCAUGGAGAGCCUCGAAACCCAGUGCGCCAGGGCCAUGAAGAUGAUCCAUAGCCGCCAGACGGGCAUUGACAAGUACCUCUACCUGUCCAGUGUCAAGACACAAAAUGUCGAUCUCUUCUACCGCCUGCUCAUGGACAACAUCCGCGACUUGAUGCCCCUCGUCUACACCCCCACCAUUGGCGACGUCUGCCUGCAAUACUCUACCCUAUACACCCGACCCGAAGCAUUAUACAUUUCGAUCAAGCAGCGAAAGUCUAUCCGAACCAUGCUUCGCAACUGGCCCUGCCCCAACCCUGAGAUCUGCGUCGUCACUGACGGCUCUCGAAUCCUGGGUCUGGGUGAUCUUGGCAUUAACGGUGUUGGUAUUUCGAUCGGCAAAUUGGCUUUGUAUACUGCGGCCGCCGGUAUUCACCCCGCCAAGACCCUGCCCAUCGUCUUGGAUACCGGAACCAACAACGAGACCAAUCUCAAGGACCCUUUCUACUUGGGCUUGCGCCAAAAGAGAGUUUCCUAUGCGGAACAGCAGGCAUUCAUGGAUGAGUUCAUGGAGGCCGUGAAGGAGGUGUAUCCCAACAUGGUCAUCCAGUUCGAGGAUUUUGACAGCGAAAAGGCCUUCAACUAUCUGGACCGAUAUAGGAAUAACUAUAGGGCCUUCAACGAUGAUGUCCAGGGCACUGGUGCUGUUGUUCUUGCCGGAUAUAUCAACGCCGUCAAUCUGUCAAGCGUUCCGCUGGAGGAGCAGCGUCUCGUCUUCAUGGGUGCUGGUUCGGCCGGUGUAGGUGUUGCAAAGCAACUUGUUGAGUAUUACACUCGAAGAGGCUUGACAGAAGCUGAGGCUCGUGACAAAUUCUUCUUGGUCGAUACCAAGGGUCUGGUCACCAUGGAUCGCGGCGACAAGCUCGCCGAGCAUAAGAAGUACUUUGCUCGUGUCGACAACGCCGGCCAUCAAUUCCGUACCCUGGAAGAGGUCAUUGAGUAUGUCAAGCCCAGUGCGCUCGUUGGUCUUGCCGCCACCUUUGGUAUCUUCACCGAGUCCGUUAUCCGAGCCCUCAAGGCUUCCGUAGAUGCUGGUGGUCUCGGCCGCCGGCCAAUCCUCUUCCCUCUCAGCAACCCUCUGACCAAGGCUGAGUGUACUUUUGAGCAAGCCGUGCAGUGGACCGACGGUUCCGUCGUCUUCGCUUCCGGUUCUCCUUUCUCUUCCUUCACCCUCAAGGUCGGCGGCGAUGCGGGCGACAUCACCUACCACCCCAACCAAGGAAACAAUGUAUACGUCUUCCCUGGCCUGGGUCUUGGUGCCAUCCUAUCCAAGGCAACUCGUGUCACAGAUGAGAUGGUGUAUACAUCUGCUGCGGCGCUUGCUGGAUCUCUCAACGCUGAGGAAGUCCACCAGGGUCUGAUCUAUCCCAAGAUCGACCGAGUUCGUGAUGCCAGCAUCAUCGUCGCCCGUGAGGUCAUGAAGGCGGCUCGUCGUGAUGGUGUAUCUGAGCUCCCAGAGUCACUCUGGAUUGAGUGGGAAGAAUGGGGUGAUGUCGCUCUGACAAACUACAUCAAGCAGCGUGUGUACAAUCCCACUUCCUUUUCGGAAGCCAAGGGGCGAUUGUAA